UUUUGGUGAAAGAGUAGAAAUUAAUUUUCUUUUCUUUUUCAACUAAUAAAAAUUCUUCACUCGAUUAAGACCAUCUAGCCUCACUCUUACCAGUCCCCACUGUGUCGCAGACUCAAAAUGGGGAAAUUUUUAGGAAUUUUGAUACUAGCGUUGUGUGCAUUGAUCUGUGAAGCUGCAAUUUUCAGACCCAUUUCAGAUUCUCACCGAUCUGCUGCGUUGGAGUUGCUUACACCCAAAGAUGGAUCUUUUACAAGCCUUAAAGAAACAUACGAGGCCUUAAGGACAUUUAAGGUUCUUGGGAUUGGACAUCAGCUUGACAUCAAGGCGAAGUCAUGUAAAUCAGUGGUGGAUACUGCUGGGUCUCCAUCUUCCACAUUGAAGGACUUGUUCCAAGCAUUGGAAGUAAAUGGGAUAUUGAAGUGCGAGCUUAGCAAGGAGACUUUUGCUGGCAUAGCUUCAAGACUUAAGGAUUCUGUGAACACUGCCAGCUCGCUUCUCGACUACUACUAUUCAAUUGGUAGUUUAGUUCUUAUCAAGGGUCAAACUUCUGAAGUUGAUGUACAUCUUGGAGGUGCUGAUUCAGUUUUCCGUGCCAUAAAGGCUCUUAGCCAAAGUGAUGGAAGAUGGCGCUAUAGCUCCAAUAAUCCCGAGUCUAGUACAUUUGCUGCAGGAAUUGCACUUGAGAGCCUGGCUGGUGUCAUUUCAUUAGCAUCUUCUGAGAUCGAUCAUUCUCUGAUUAGCCUGGUGAAAAAUGACAUAUCAAAGCUUCUAGAUGGUGUUGAGAAAUAUGAUGAUGGCGCCUAUUACUUUGAUGAAAAGCUUGUUGAUGCUCAUGGACAUCAGAGUCCCCUGUCAGCUUCAUCAGCGGUGGUGCGUGGUAUCACAGCAUUUGCCACAGCAUCUGAUGAAGAUUUAAAUCUGCCAGGUGACAAAAUUUUAGGUUUAGCAAGGUUUUUCCUCAGUGUUGGAAUUCCUGGAAAUGCAGAAGACUUGUUUUAUCAACUCGAGGCAUUGGCUUCCUUAGAAAACAAUCGGGUCUCCAUUCCAUUGAUUUUGUCGCUCCCAACUGCUGUGCUUUCAUUGACUAAGAAAGACCAGCUUAAGGUGAAUGUAAACACUGUUUUGGGCUCUGCUGCACCUUCUCUGUCUGUGAAACUCAAGCAGAUCUUCAGCUCUGGUUCAAAAGAUGCUUCAAUCAUUGAUCAGGAUCUCAAAUUUGACCCUGAAAAUGCUGUGCAUUUCUUGGAUGCUUUGCCAGAAAACAUUGAUGUUGGCAGUUACAUUUUUUCUUUGGAGAUUGUCCUUGACAGUCCGGAGGAUAAAAAGAUCUAUGCCACUGGAGGACGAACAAAAGUACCCAUAUAUGUGACGGGAUUUAUCAAAGUUGACCAUGCAGAUGUUGCUGUUCUUGACAGUGAUCUUGGUAAUGUGGAAACUCAAAAGAGAUUUGAUUUGGCAGGGGAGAGCACACUCUCUCUCUCAGCAAACCAUCUUCAAAAGCUACGGUUGUCAUUCCAAUUAACUUCUCCUCUUGGGAAUGCUUUUAAGCCACAUCAGGCUUUCCUCAAGUUGAGACAUGAGAGCAAAGUGGAACACAUCUUUGUAGUGGAAAAUUCUGGAAAAAAAUUUGAAAUAAUACUAGAUUUUCUUGGACUAGUUGAGAAGUUUUUCUAUCUAUCAGGUAGAUAUGGCAUCCAACUUACAGUUGGGGAUUCUGUCAUGGAAAACUCAUUCUUCCUACAACUUGGUUCGAUUGAAUUAGAUCUGCCAGAGCCUCCAGAAAAGGCAGCUCGUCCUCCUCCACAACCUAUUGAUUCUACCUCAAGAUUUGGGCCCAAGGCAGAAAUAUCUCACAUAUUCAGAGCUCCAGAGAAAAGACCUCCUAAGGAGCUUUCUCUCAUCUUUCUGGCCCUUGUUCUCUUGCCAUUCAUUGGAUUUUUGGUCGGGCUUUUGAGGCUGCAAGUGAACCUGAAGAACUUCCCAAAAGCAUCAGUACCUGCUACAUUUGCCAUUCUUUUCCACCUUGGCAUAGCAGCUGUCUUGACACUCUAUCUACUAUUUUGGUUGAAGCUGAAUCUAUUCACAACACUCAAAGCGCUUGGAUUUUUGGGGAUCUUCUUGAUGUUCGUUGGACACAGAACCCUUUCAUAUCUAGCAUCAUCAUCUGCCAAGUUGAAAUCAGCCUAAUUUAGACAGAUUGCUUUUAAUUAUAGAUGUGAGGAAGCCUUGAAUAGAAAAAAGAGUUGGAUAAUCCAAUUUUGUUGUACGACAAGCACAUACGUAUUUAGUAUGAUGUAAACUGCACCAGAUUUUGUCUUCAAAUGAUCGAUAGUUGCUACUUUAACCUGGUGAAGUUGCAGUGAUUUGUCUGA